UCAAUCCAGUUGUAAAAACAUUUAACUGAACACUAAACCAAACAGUUUAAACAGUCAGGAGAAUCGUUUUUAACUCCGGUUAUGACUGAAAAUUAUCAGUGAGUUGGGAGAUUUUAGAAAGCAACAAAUAGUGAGCCCCCACCAGAACCUCUAGUACCAUUCAUUGACCCCACCUGGAAACACAGGUAGCCACAAGGUCAUACACCAGGCUCUCUGAACCACUGAAAAACCUUGGCACUUUCCGCUUUUUGGAUUCUCUCUUUCCCUUGCUUACAGUGCCUUACUCCAUCCUUUCCUACUACUUCACACCUUCCCCUCCUACUCAACCAAAUGAAUUCAUUCAGGGCUUCUACCUUCUAAAAUAAUUAUGUUGAAAGUGAAUUCUGCUGCAGAUAGCUAUUCUGGCAAUUGGGUCCGUGUUUGUGACACUUGUGAAGCUAAUGAUUCAACCAACUUAUGCAGCAGCUGCGAUGAACGUAUUCAUGCUGCCAGCUCCAUGGCCUUGCUACAGGAGUGUGAGUGGGCUUUCACUGAGAAUGCAGCACUGGAACCUUUCAGCUGCCAGGCUGAUGCUGCCUCUCUCUGUGUCAACUCUUUGCCUGGUCACAUUCCGAUGCCUUCUGUGUCAAGUCUAGUGUAUGCAAACUCAUGUGGUUAUCCAGAGGAAUUGACAGGUGGGGUUUUAGAUUCAGCAGAAGAGGAAAUUGAUGAAGAUCAAACAGAUUCUUGGUUGUUACUUGAGCCGGAGAAAAACAGUGAAAACCAGACUAAUGUUGGACUGACAUAUAGGGAGCCAGAUAAAUCCGAUUUCAACUCAUGUACUGAUCUUCGAUACGAAGACCAGAAGAAUCAGCAGCAGCUUUACAACGGUUGUCGCGGGGAUAGUGGUAGCAAUGUCAUUGUGCCGGUUCAGUCUUUUGAACUUAAGGAGCAAGAAGGACACCGGCAACACCAACACCAGCAGCAACAUGACUUUUACUUCGAUAGGAUGUAUGAAGCCUCGAAAGCUGCUUUCAUUGACACUCCAAGUAGUCAGAGCGUCCCCAUGUCUUUUUUUAAUGCUAGGAUCGUACCAACCACAACAAUAAGCGACAUACCUAGUUCAUACAUGAGAUAUCCAAACGGGAUAACUGACUUCUUCCCAAAAUUUUCACUUCUGAUGCCUCUCCAAUUUACUACUAUGAACAGAGAGGCAAAGGUCCUAAGAUACAGAGAGAAAAGAAAAGCAAGGAAAUUUGGGAAGAAAAUAAGAUAUGCCUCUAGGAAAGCCUAUGCAGAGGCUCGACCUCGAGUCAAAGGAAGGUUUGUGAGGAAAACAGACAUGGAUUUUGAAGUGGGUGAGAUGUUCUCAACAGAAGACUAUGGCUAUGGAUUUGUUCCAUCAUAUUAGGAAAAAAUGUCAAUUCUAGUUUAUGGUUUAUGACUUAAUAAAUUCAGAUUAUUGAAUUACUGUAUCCCAAUCUACUUUAAUACAUGGGAAUAAUACCUUCUUCUUUGCA